AUUGCGGGCGGGCUGGCGCCGUCACGUGGCGCGGCGCUUCCUUUCUCUGUGCGCCUCUCUUUCCUUCCUCGGCCGCCAUCUUGUUCUCGCCGCGUGUUGGCAGCGGGGCUCCGCCGCGCUCAGACGUAGCACUAUGAACCAAGAAAAACUGGCCAAGCUUCAGGCGCAGGUCCGAAUAGGAGGAAAGGGAACAGCUCGCAGAAAGAAGAAGGUGGUGCACAGAACAGCUACAGCUGAUGACAAAAAACUUCAGAGUUCCCUCAAAAAACUGGCUGUAAAUAACAUUGCUGGCAUUGAAGAGGUGAACAUGAUAAAAGAUGAUGGAACAGUUAUUCACUUCAACAACCCCAAGGUUCAAGCUUCCCUCUCUGCCAACACUUUUGCGAUUACUGGUCAUGCAGAGGCUAAACCGAUCACAGAAAUGCUUCCAGGCAUCUUAAGCCAGCUUGGUGCUGACAGCUUAACAAGUCUCAGGAAGUUAGCUGAACAAUUCCCAAGACAAGUGUUGGAUAGUAAAGCACCAAAAUCUGAAGAUAUUGAUGAAGAAGAUGAUGAUGUCCCAGAUCUCGUAGAAAAUUUUGAUGAAGCAUCAAAGAAUGAAGCUAACUAAAACAUUAAUAGUUCUGGAAGCUGGCAUGGACUAGAUUUAAGAAAUCAGCUAUGUGGUUCCAAAGUUUUAAAGAAACAGAGAACAUCAUCUGUUAAUAGUUCAGUAAUAUAAAUAUUUUGUAUUUUUAUGAUGCUGUUUGUUCAGCAUUUUCUGUCAGUUGAUUUUGCAUUUUGCACUUACUCCCAGGAUCUACUCUUUUGGUCAAAAAGAAAUGUCAGUGCAGUUUGAGGGGUGUGUGUAUGUGUGUGGGUGUACGUAUAGUGGAGAACAAAUUGGAGAACACAUAUUUAACCAUUUACCCUUUUCUUUUGGAAGUAGAAAUAAAAUGAAUCUUCAGCAUCAUUACUUUGAUUAUCACCAAAUAGUGCACAGAGGGAGUUAAGAUUAACAUUUUGUCUACGUUUUGUGACCUGAAGGCAUUACACCAUUAAAACUUGGGGUUAAUUUGCUGUAACUAUUGUACUUGCAGGUGUGUUUCUCAGUGUACACAUAUUUGUUAUCAACCUUGUGUUGAUCCCAGGAUUUAGGGGAGAUGAGCUGUUAUAGCAGCUUGUUUGGUACAGUAACUUUUUAAAAACUUGGUCUCAUCAAAGUGUGCUUUUUUUAACCUUUUACAUUUUGUUUGUUUGGGGAUUUUUUUGGGGUUUUUUUGGUCUCUAAAGUUUUGAUACAAGCUGAUAUUUGACUCCUUCCAUGUAGACUUAGCAGUAUGUUCUCCUGUUGGUUACUAAAGUAUUUCCCAGUCAAAAGAAAAACACCUUGGUUCUCUACUGUCGGGUCACUUCCUAAGCUUGGAGGUCUGGUUGGUAACAGUCCAGUGCACCAGUUUUGCACAGUAACAGGGUUUUGCUUGAAUAACUUCAAGCUGUUCUCUUGGCAUGACUGCAUUUACUAGCAGCUGAUGAUCCACUCUCAUUCUUAGGGCACUAGGAACUAAGUGCACUGUGCGAACAGUGUUUAGGGUGGGAGGAAAGAAUUGUUGACACUUUGCCUUGCUUCCUGCUGGGCAGUCUGUGCAGUGACUAGCUCUAAAGGGAUUUUUUUUUUUUUUUUUUCUUUUUUUUUCUUUCUUUUUUUUUUUUUUUUUGCCUGUAACUUACCUUGGCCUAUAACCUACCUCUAGGUUUGGUGUCAUCUAUGUAGUAGCUUCUUAAAAAACACAAAUGCUCCUCAGGCAUAAGGAGGACAUUGGGAGGUACUGUUGGUACAGUGCAGUAUUUAUGACCUUUCUUUAAAAUGCUUAAUGUGAAGCCGUUUUCUCAGAGGCUCUUUCAAGGUUCUUGAUGUAAUGUGCAUUACAGUAUAGUUAGACAUCAUUGUAACCUCUGUCAAGGGCAGCUGUGGCUUACAAAAGCCACUUUGUUGUUUUUUUUUUUUUCUCUACAUCUGUCACUUAACUAUGGCUUAAUUGGAACAUAUCAGCUUUUGGUGUAGGCUCAUAUGCUAGAGAACUGUAAUAGUACAAGCAAACAGUCCAUGAGUUCUGGAGACUUCAUGAACCCACAGAAGUAGAGCUGUAGUGGUUCGGCAGCUGAACUCCUCGGUUCAUUUUCUAGGCUUCGUUCAGUUUUUCCUGUUAUAUUUUAUAUACUACGUGGAUCUUACUACAAAAUAAAAUAACAGUACAAAAGAGGAAAUGCUCCCUCCUGUGUGUUGUCUGCUCCUCCCACCAGCACUGGCUGAGGAAAGCAGGUGGAUGCAGCAGCUGUUUGAGACAGCACUGCAUUCUUGGUGACAGUGACCAAGGAAGACAUGGGGCUAGGGAGGGUCCUGUUAGAGCUCUAGGAUUUCACACUCCCUUUACUCCUAUUUUUUCUGUGCUGUUGAAAAAAACUUCUGUUUGUUGUAUGGCUGAUUAGCUGCAGAUGAUUUGUUCUGUUUAUAAGGAGAUGUCUCCACAAAUGUGUGCUCAUGGAAUUGCCUUCUGCUGCCUCUGUGAGCCCAGGGAGCAACGGAAGGACAUGAGGCCACAGAUUCUGUCUAAUGCAACUUAGCUGAUAAAGAAGAGCCAGUGCUGUGAGACCAGCUCUACAGACAUUGGGAAGCGUGGCGCAAACAACAUUUUGAGAACAGCAGAUCUCAUUUUGAGGCCAUGUGCGAAGCUGGAAAUUUCCAAGCAAUGCAAAUUACUGUCUGACAUAGGUAAGUGAAGAUGUAAAAUCUCAGCAGAUGUCAGCAGGAUGCCAGACCUUUGCACACCAGGAGCGAGGUUCCCAAAAAAGCUUUCACUCAUCUCUGGCUUUUCUGCUACCAAUAGAGCAAGGCUUCCCCUUCCUUUGCAUUCCCAAACUGAUGCCUGAGGUCAGCUGGACCAGCUUGCUCUGAAGCUACAGGAACCCAUCUUGUUGCCUUUGCCUCACCACCUGCCAAUGAGCUUGAAACAUUUGGGAGAUAGAGGUUAACCCCCUCAGAGGGAAGUGUUUGCAGGCAGGCUGGGUGGGGAUGGCCAGCAGCAAAGCAGCCUCACAGGCUGGACUGAGCUGGCCUUUGAGUCCUGCUGCUGCUGGGGCUAGGCAAGACACUGUAGGGCAGCUUGUGCUGCUGCUGCCAGGGUCGUACAGAGUUUGGGAAGAGGGGAGGAUGGGCCAUGUUGAAGCCCUGGGUGAUGAUGCUGUCAGCUCCUCUUAACUUGCAGUUUGUUUCUGAAUUUUUUGUUGUGAAAUAGGGAUUCUGUCCAGUUCACUUUGCCUGCACCAUGGGCAGCCCAGCAUGCCCUCACUGCCCUCUGCUCCACAACUGCACAGCCUUCCCAGUGAGCCUGUCCUGCGUGUCUCCUUCUAGGUGAACACUGAUUUACUGGGGCAAGCUGCUGAAGUUUUGAUGUUUCAUGCUGCAGGUUCUGGUUCAUUGAAAAUCACUUUAAAAUUUACUGACUGAGAUAUGUAAUAUGGAAUUUCCACUUUUGUGACAAGAUCUAGUUUCACAUGGUUUCUGACACAUGCUGUUGAAUUGAAAAUAACCCUAGUUUGCUUACAGCAUUGUUAUAAUCUCCAGGGAGUAACAAUGCAACUAAAUUCCUGCUCUGUUCAUUUUGAAACCUUUGCUCUACUGCUGGAAACUUGGCCUGCUCUGUGAUUGACACUUGUAAUUAGUGACAUUUUGCAUGUUUCUGAAAGAAUGCAAAUACAAUCCUAAAAUAAUUUUUACUUUGAAUAAGGAUUUCUUCCCCUCUGUACCUUAAGUUUCCCACAACCUGCUUCCACAGUUUGACAGAAAGACAUUGGGUUUUCUCAUGAUCUCCUGCUGGAUAUUUGGGCAAUUUGCUGAGGCUUUCUUCUAUUUUGACACAAAAGUGAUGUCAGUCUUCUGAAAAACAGGGAAUGUAAUAUUUUCUAGUCUUUACUAUAUCACCUUUCAGCAGCAUGAUUUCAGUGUUCUUGUAAAUUAUUAACUUUUGAACAGAGGGAUAUUAUUGCCUCUAACUCUUCUCCUGCCCUUUGAGUUUAUAGGGUUGCUUUCAUUGGCAGUGUGCACUGAGAAAUCAUGUUGGCCACUUGCAGCCCUGAAAUUGUAAUAGUUUAUCCCAUUACACGGUGAUUUUUCCCGCUCAGUUCUCCUGAGAACCUUGAAAUAGGUUUUCCAUAAAAAAAUUCCAGACACUCUUUUUUCUUUUAAAGGCUGUAGUCAGAUUUGAAGGGAUAAUCUAGCUAUUGUUUCUAGUGGAAUACAUGUUCUAUCCUGAUGAUUUUGUAAAUUAUAGGGGAUUUUUAUAAUGCAGUCUGGGUCACUGAGAACCUGGUGAGUUCUUUGAACAAGCUUGCUUGUUCUUUGGCUACAAGCAGACAAACAUCAUUAGCAUUUUAACUGAUGGAAACUCUUCCAUGUAAAAUGCACACAGUCUUACUGGUUUUAAUCUGCACAAGCAUUUCAUGGAUUUGCAGUAAACUGUAAUAAAAGGUUUGGAUGUCUUAUACCUCCAUUUCCUCAUUGGCUCACAGUAGCAUCAUCAGAAAUGUACACUCAUUGUGUUUGCCUUUGUGUGACUGCAGUUCUGUCAUCUUACUUUCUCUAUAGCUGUUGUGGUAUUGUCUGAGAAACAGGACUACUGAAUUUGACUGCCAUCACAGUGUGCUGAUCCUUUCAAACUGCUCAGGUCCUCAUGUUCAUUAUGGUUCAGAAUGGCCAGUAUUUGUUGGAAAAGGAAAAAGGAAAGUAGUAACUACUCAGAACAAGAAUUCACUUGCAUUGAAUAAAUAUGGGAGUUGCUACACUGCUGCAAAGGCAAACCAGUGCCAGGAGAACAGGAAGGUUCCAGCAGAGCCAUGGAGUUCAUGGGACAAGCAGGAGGAGUGUGUGUGCACUUCCAUGGCAUUUGGUGGUGGGGUUUGCCUGUGACGGUAAGACCGAUUGAUUCCCUGUUUGCCAUCACUGCUGACUCAAUAAAUGACAUGAUCAAGA